AUGGAGAAUAUUUUGAAAAACAAUAAACCAUUUUCGUUGAUAAAUAUUCGAUCAGAGAGACUCCUCCUGAAAGAAGGCAAACAAGGAGGAGGAAAGAAGGCAAAAAGGAGGAGGAAAGAAGGCAAAAAGGAGGAGGAAAGAAGGCAAAAAGGAGGAGGAAAGAAGGCAAAAAGGAGGAGGAAAGAAGGCAAAAAGGAGGAGGAAAGAAGGCAAAAAGGAGGAGGAAAGAAGGCAAAAAGGAGGAGGAAAGAAGGCAAAAAGGAGGAGGAAAGAAGGCAAAAAGGAGGAGGAAAGAAGGCAAAAAGGAGGAGGAAAGAAGGCAAAAAGGAGGAGGAAAGAAGGCAAAAAGGAGGAGGAAAGAAGGCAAAAAGGAGGAGGAAAGAAGGCAAAAAGGAGGAGGAAAGAAGGCAAAAAAGGAGGAGGAAAGAAGGCAAAAAAGGAGGAGGAAAGAAGGCAAAAAAGGAGGAGGAAAGAAGGCAAAAAAGGAGGAGGAAAGAAGGCAAAAAAGGAGGAGGAAAGAAGGCAAAAAAGGAGGAGGAAAGAAGGCAAAAAAGGAGGAGGAAAGAAGGCAAAAAAGGAGGAGGAAAGAAGGCAAAAAAGGAGGAGGAAAGAAGGCAAAAAAGGAGGAGGAAAGAAGGCAAAAAAGGAGGAGGAAAGAAGGCAAAAAAGGAGGAGGAAAGAAGGCAAAAAAGGAGGAGGAAAGAAGGCAAAAAAGGAGGAAAAAAGGUCGGAGAACAGGUGAUCAAAGAUGUCAACUUCAGUUUAUAA